AGGAAUCACUGACAUGCAGUCACUGCACAGCAUGCGGCCCCAGGAACUGCCCUGAAAGAUCAAAGGUUGAACGAAACUUAAAAAGAAGCAGCCAUUCUAUUCACUUGUUAUUGGACUCGAAACUCCUUUGACCUCGGAAACUGAAGAUGAGGUUGCCAUGGGAACUGCUGGUCCUGCAAUCAUUCACGUUGUGCCUUGCAGGCGACCCCACGCCGCGCGGCCCGGUGUUCGUGCAGGAGCCCGGCCCCGUCAUGUUCCCCGUGGGCUCCGAGGAGAAGAAGGUGAAGCUCACCUGUCAAGUGAGAGGGAACCCGAGGCCUCGCAUCAGGUGGAAGUUCAAUGGAACGGAUGUUGACACGGGCAUGGAUUUCCGCUACAGUGUGGUGGAAGGCAGCUUGCUGAUCAGUAGCCCCAACAGAACCCGCGACGCGGGGACCUACCAGUGCGUGGCCACCAACGCCUUCGGGACCGUGGUCAGCAGAGAGGCACCGCUGCGGUUCGCCUAUCUCGAGAACUUUCAGACGAGAGCCAGGAGCACAGUGUCUGUCCGCCAGGGCCAGGGCAUGGUGCUGCUGUGCGGGCCGCCCGCCCACUCCGGAGAGCUGAGCUACGCCUGGAUCUUCAAUGAAUACCCCUCCUACCAGGACAACCGCCGCUUCGUCUCCCAGGAGACCGGGAACCUGUACAUCGCGAAGGUGGAGAAGUCCGACGUGGGGAACUACACCUGCGUGGUCACCAACACGGUGACCAACCACAAGGUCCUGGGGCCGCCCACCCCGCUGACCCUGAGAAACGACGGGGUGAUGGGCGAGUAUGAGCCCAAAAUCGAAGUGCAAUUCCCGGACACGGUGCCGACCGCCAAAGGAGGCACGGCUAGGCUGGAGUGCUUCGCGCUGGGCAAUCCAGUCCCCACGAUCGUCUGGAGGCGGGCGGACGGGAAGCCCAUAGCGAGGAAAGCCAGGAGACACCAGUCGGACGGGAUCCUGGAGAUCCCCAACUUCCAGCAGGAGGACGCGGGCUUAUACGAGUGCGUGGCCGAGAACUCCCGAGGGAAGAACGUGGCGCGGGGACAGCUGACUUUCUACGCUCAACCCAAUUGGAUUCAAAAAAUAAGCGACAUCCAAGUGGCCAUCGAGGACAGCGUCUCCUGGGAAUGCAGAGCCAGCGGGAGGCCCCGGCCCACGUACAGGUGGCUGAAGAACGGGGAGCCGCUGUUCGCUCAGGACAGGGUUCACAUCGAGCAAGGCUCACUCAACAUCACCGGGGUGAGCCUGGCGGACGCUGGCAUGUACCAGUGUGUUGCCGAGAACAGACACGGGGCCGUCUUCUCCAGCGCCGAGCUGAGCGUCAUAGCUGCUGGCCCAGAUUUUUCAAGAGCCCUCUUAAAAAGGGUAACUCUUGUCAAAGUGGGCGGCGACGUCGUCAUUGAGUGCAAGCCCAAAGCGUCUCCAAAACCCAUCUACACCUGGAAGAAAGGACGGGCCGUGCUGAGAGAAAGUGAGAGAAUCACCAUUUCAGAAGAUGGGAGCCUCAGGAUCGUCAAUGUGACGAAAGCCGACGCCGGGAGCUACACCUGCGUCGCCACGAACCACUUCGGGACGGCCAGCAGCACGGGGAGCCUGGUGGUGAAGGACCCCACGAGGGUGACGGUGCCCCCCGCCAGCAUGGACGUCACCGUCGGGGAGAGCAUCGUCCUCACCUGCCAGGUGAGACAGGACCACUCGCUGGACAUUGUGUUCACCUGGUCAUUCAACGGACACCGGAUAGACUUCAACAGAGACGGGGACCACUUCGAGAGGGUCGGAGGGGAUUCAGCUGGGGAUUUGAUGAUCCGGAACAUCCAGCUGAAGCAUGCUGGGAAAUACGUCUGCACGGUCCAGACCAGUGUGGACCAGCUGUCCGCGGCCGCCGACCUCAUCGUCAGAGGUCCCCCGGGGCCCCCCGAGGCCGUGACCAUCGACGAGAUCACAGACACCACCGCCCAGCUGUCCUGGAGCCCCGGGCCCGACAACCACAGCCCCGUCACCCUGUACGUGGUUCAAGCCCGGACGCCGUUCUCCGUAGGCUGGCAGGCCGUCAGCACAGUCCCAGAUGUCAUCGACGGGAGGACGUUCACGGCGACCGUGGUGGGUCUGAACCCGUGGGUGGAGUACGAGUUCCGCACGGUGGCAGCCAAUGCGAUCGGGAUCGGGGAGCCCAGCCCGCCCUCGGAGAAGGUGCCUUGUCCCCGCACAGUCCCCGAAGUCACCCCAGCCAACGUCAGUGGCGGUGGAGGCAGCAAGUCGGAGCUGGUGAUCACCUGGGAGACGGUGCCGGAGGAGCUGCAGAACGGCCGGGGCUUCGGCUACGUGGUGGCCUUCCGGCCCCACGGCACCGUCAUCUGGAUGCUGACCGUGCUGGCCUCGGCCGACGCCUGCAGAUACGUGUUCCGGAACGAGAGCGUGCGCCCCUUCUCCCCCUUCGAGGUCCGGGUGGGCGUCUACAACAACAAAGGGGAGGGCCCCUUCAGCCCCAUCACAGUGGUGUACUCGGCAGAGGAAGAGCCCACCCGGCCGCCCGCCAGCAUCUCUGCCAGGAGCCUCUCCGCCACGGACGUUGAGGUGGUCUGGGCCUCCCCCCCGGAGAGGAACCGGGGACGGAUACAGGGCUACGAGGUUAAAUACUGGAGGCAUGAUGACAAGGAGGAAAAUGCUAGGAAAAUACGAACCUUCGGAAAUCAGACCUCCACGAAAAUCACCAACCUGCAAGGCAGCGCGCUGUACCACUUAGCGGUCAAGGCUUACAAUACGGCCGGGACCGGCCCCUCCAGCGCCACCGUCAACGUGACCACCAGAAAGCCCCCGCCCAGCCAAGCCCCCGGGAACGUGGUGUGGAAUUCAUCCGACUCCAAAAUCGUCCUGAACUGGGACCAGGUGAAGGCGCUGGAGAACGAGUCGGACGUGAGAGGCUACAAGGUCUUGUACCGAUGGAGCCGACAGAGCCGCACGUCUGUCAUCGAAACAAACCAGACGUCGGUGGAGCUCUCCUUGCCUCUGGGUGAAGAUUACAUCAUAGAAAUCAGGCCCGUCAGCGACGGGGGGGACGGCAGCGCCAGCCAGCAGAUCCGCAUCCCAAAGAUGACAAAUGCCUACGCCCGGGGCGGGGGCGCGGGGCCCUCCACCUCCAACGCCUGCACGCUGUCGGCGCUCAGCACCCUCAUGCUCUCGCUCACGGCCCGGUCCAGCUUAUGACGACCGCCCCCGCAGGACUCGCUGUCUGUGACCUGAGCAACCUGAGCGCGUUGUCCUGAAGACACCCAGUACUAAGUAACCUUGUUGUUCGAGUACAUCUUAUUACUGGAAAGAAAAAUGUUCUUUGCUUCUGUAGGAAUGGCAUUCCACACAGAACUUCCGCAAAGCAAGUCUCGCUUUGUCCGCAGUUUCUCCGGAAACUCCGCAGUGCACUGAAGACAUCUGUAAUACGAUGUUACCAAAGCAGUUUACAUAUGUCCUUAUAUGCAUAUUUUUUAUUAUAUAUUUAGUGUUUUAUAGAAUUUUUUAAAGUUAACAUGAAAUGUAGAUAUUAAUUUUUUUUCCUCGGCUAUAAAAUGCGAUGGGCGCCACACUCAUGCAACUAUUGGUUGAAAAUGUUUUCUUUAAAAGACAGAGUGUGAACCCCACCUCGGUCAGUCUAUUGCAAAUGACGUGCAGUUUGACAAGGACGGCGGGGCCGGCGCCGGAGGCCGGUGGGUGGCUCCGGGCUGCGCCGUAGGGGCCCCCUCCAUGGCGAGCAGGCUGGAUGGGGCCUUGGACAUGUACAGUAGGUCCUUCCGCCUGGGGUGCAUUUCCUUGAGAUGGUUUCGGGAACGGCUGCAAUUCCAACACCUGAACUCCUUCCCCGAGAGGUCCCAUGUGCAAUACUCACCCUGAACUUAGCAUGGACCCCAAGACUCUCCCCACUCACCUUGUUAGCAUCGUCUCUGUAGCAGCCUUACCUUAGACGUUGCAUUUGAAGUCGCAUCUCCUGUAGUAACUCAGACCAAAAGUUACCAUAGCAGCCCCAUCUUUCAGAGGCUAAGAGAUAUGUUUACUAUCUUUCACUGUAUCUGUUUGAAUGUACAUUUUUUUAAACAAGGGUAGCUCUCUGGUCACAGAUUCACCAUUCUUUCCGGAAUUUCUUAUAUAGAAUAUGUCUGUCUUUAAAGUCAGAGCUGUGUCUGGAUCGGGCAGACUUCCCUUUCAGCGAACAGCUGCUGCGGCGGCUCUUUCCUAAGACUCCGUAAAAGGUGGGGGGUGGGACGGUGUGGAGCUCUCAGGAGCUCCUGGUGUGCAGCCCGUAGCCUAGUUGCUUUCUACGCUUUACCUUCCACGUCUUACAGUCACACGUCGGGAAAUGGCAGUAGCAACAAAACCACAUUCCGAUGGAAGGCCUAUUUGUUAUAACGGGGGAGGUUUUGUAACUGAAUCUGGUGGACCAGUGCAUCUAAAAGGCAGUGACAUUUCCUACACACACUUUCCCAUGUACGCAGGCUGCCACCUCUCCUUCCUCAGAGAGCUCAGGUUUGCCUGCCACCUGCCCGUCUUUGCCUGAUGGAGAACGUACGUUGACUUUUCAACCUUCUCGCUCUACUGAUCCAAUAGUCAUAAUCAGGAUUCCACUUGUGUAAAAACUAGGGUGGCAACAGGGAAAAUAUUGUUCAGUGUUUCAAGCUGUGUUCCUUCCUUAGUUGGAUAUGGUUACUUCUCUGUUCUAAAUAAAACAAAAUUUAAAAUCACACACAUAUACACACACACAAAAAAAACAACAAAAUAAUAAAAUGAAUGAAAAAAAAGAAGCCACCCAGGUAGUUCCCACCCCCAUGUCGAUGGUACUUCCCAGUGACCCAGCAGCAAAUGUACUCUUUUUCUAACGCUAUUGUUAAUAAAUAUUCUGUCGUUUGUAAAGAUGCUUGUCUUCGGGAGCCUUCUUCCUGCCUGCGGACGGGAGCUGUGAGCUCGCCCUGGCGGCCAUACUGAGGUCACAGAGGGGCUCCGCCGUCUCCGGCAGGAUCCACCGCUAGCGGCCCCCAAGCUGUCCCUUUGGACGUGACAGCCCUGCAGACACCAGUCCAUGCCCCGUGUGCAGGUGUAGAGGGUCAAAACCUCAGAUAAACGUCCCGAAGGUCCAACUCGAAUCCGUCCUCUCCGUUAGCGACGCCUGGCAUAUCGCUCAUCCCCGGAGACCUGCCGUUUUGUUAAAAAGUAUAAACUCCAAAUAUGAGCAUCUAAGGCCCUUUUAAAUCUUCUAACCUGUCCACCAUGGACCCUGGCCACACCCCCGCCCUUGCUCCGGUCUCACCUCGGUGCCUUUGGGUCACACGGCUGCCCCUUCCUGCAAUAACCUUCCCGCUCCCCCUUCUCCCCCAGAUGCCCAGGCCCCCCUCCCCCGGGUCCCGAGGGUCCCGGGCGGGUGGUGCAGCCUCCCACACGCGUCGGUCCUUUGAGAUGAAUGAGCUUCAAGCCGUGGCGGGUCCCGCUCGGGUGGACCGGCACCGGGUCGCCCGGGGAAACUGUUACUGUGCCUGGUUGUCUCUGACCUCCUGUAUGUCGCCCAGCUGUCCUUGUCUGUACCUUUGUCUCCCACCCAGAUUGUGAGCUCCUCGGGGGCAGGGCGCUGGCUCUCUUCCAUGUACCCCCACCGUGCCUAGCACCGUGCCUUGCAAUAAACAAUCCUUGAUGAAUC